AGUGAUUCAACGGAAUCCACGUUACUUACCAUUCAUACACAGACUGUCAUAAAAGACCAGAGAUUUCGUGUAUCACAUAAUAAUUACCGGCAGUGGUAUCUCCAUAUUAAGAGUGUAAGGGCUGCCGAUAAAGGCUGGUAUAUGUGCCAAAUUAAUACCGAACCAAUGAUAACCCAGGUCGGUUAUGUGGAUGUAUUAAUUCCUCCUUCUAUUGUGGACGCCGACACCAGUUCUGAUACAUCAGUAGACGAGCGCCAAAAAUUGUCGCUCAGAUGUCGAGCCAAUGGUUAUCCGGCGCCGACCGUCACGUGGAGGCGGGAGGACAACAAAGAUCUCAAUCUGGGUCUCUAUGGCGGCAAAAAGUAUUCCGCGACUAAAGUGGAGGGCGAGUACUUGAAUAUAAGUCAAGUGACAAGAGAGGAUAUGGGGGCCUAUCUAUGCAUAGCCUCUAAUUCAGUGCCGCCGAGUGUUAGCAAACUUCGUCCAAAAAUAAAAGUCUCGAACCAAUUGGUUGGGUCGCCGGUGGGCAGCGACGUGGAGCUGGAGUGCCGGUGCGAGGCGUCACCCCUACCGCUCACCUCGUGGAUCAGGUUUGACGGCACUGUACUGAUGGCCACACAUAAGUACCAAACCCGCGAAGAGCACGACUCGUAUCGCACGACAAUGAGACUCAGGAUCACGAAUAUCGACGAAAAGGAUUUUGGGAGUUAUAAGUGUGUCGCCAAAAACAGUCUGGGUGAAAAGGAGGGCUUGGUUAGGCUAUACGAAGUAGCCCUUCCCGUGAAUCAGGAGUUGUCUCCGAGUGUAUGGCCGCCCGGUUUCCUGAGUCCCAGCCAUCGGAACAACUCAUCAUUGAUGCGAUCAAACGUGGGCUCAUCGAUGAUGGGGGACACCAAACACGACACCUCCUCCUCGUCCGCCACCUCUGUCUCCUCGAGUGCCGCCAAAAGGUAUGACUGGGACAUCGAUGUCAUAUACAUCACAAGUAAUGACCACCAAAAGAUGGUCUACUCAUUUGAUGUGCCCAGUGAUAGAAAGUCUUACUGUUUGCUUCAUUUUAUCAAAAUGAAUAAAGAGGUACUUAUUAAGGGGUUUCAGCACUAA